GACAGGGGCAAACUUUUCCGCCGGCUCCGCGUCCGACGCUCCCCGCGCCUCGUCUCCUUUCCGCUCCUCGCCCGGCGGCCGCCGCUGCCCGCGAUGGUGGCAGGGCUGCUGGGCGGCGGCGGCGGGGCCCGCGGGGGAACCGUGCCGGGCGCCUGGCUGUGCCUGAUGGCGCUGCUGCAGCUGCUGGGCUCGGCGCCGCGGAGCUCGGGGCUGGCGCACGGCCGCCGCCUCAUCUGCUGGCAGGCGCUGCUGCAGUGCCAGGGGGAGCCGGAGUGCAGCUACGCCUACAACCAGUACGCCGAGGCGUGCGCGCCGGUGCUGGCGCAGCGCGGCGGGGGCGACGCGCCGGGAACCGCCGCAGCCGCCGCCUUCCCUGCCUCCGCCGCCUCCUUCUCGUCGCGCUGGCGCUGUCCGAGCCAUUGCAUCUCGGCCCUCAUUCAGCUCAACCACACGCGCCGCGGGCCCGCCUUGGAAGACUGUGAUUGCGCGCAGGAUGAGAACUGCAAGUCCACCAAGCGCGCCAUUGAGCCGUGCCUGCCCCGGACGAGCGGCGGCGGCGCGGGCGGCCCGGGCGCGGGCGGGGUCAUGGGCUGCACCGAGGCCCGGCGGCGCUGCGACCGCGACAGCCGCUGCAACCUGGCGCUCAGUCGCUACCUGACUUACUGUGGCAAGCUCUUCAACGGGCUGCGCUGCACCGACGAGUGCCGCACGGUCAUCGAGGAUAUGCUGGCCGUGCCCAAGGCGGCGCUGCUCAAUGACUGUGUGUGCGACGGCCUGGAGCGGCCCAUCUGCGAGUCGGUCAAGGAGAACAUGGCCCGCCUGUGCUUCGGCGCCGAGCUGGGCAACGGCCCGGGCAGUAGCGGCUCGGACGGGGGCCUGGACGACUACUACGAUGAGGAGUAUGACGACGAACAGCGCGCUGGGGGCGCGGGCGGGGAGCAGCCGCUGGACGACGACGACGGCGUCCCGCACCCGCCGCGCCCGGGCGGCGGCGCUGCUGCGGCAGGCGGCCGCGGCGACCUGCCCUACGGGUCCGGGCGCAGGAGCAGCAGCGGCGGCUGCCGCUCGGCGCCCCGAGGCGUCUGGACCCAGCUUGCCUCCAUCUUGCUGCUGCUGCUGCUGCUGCUCCCGCUGCUCUUUUAGCCCGCGGGAGGGCGGGCGCCGGGACACCUGUGGCUCGGGGACAGGGUGGGUGGUUGGGGACGCUCUCUAGGUAGAUUCUGCCUAGUCGGGCUCCCCCACCCACCCGACUCUUGCACGACCCCCGCCUCCUCUCCCGCGCAGGACUUUUUGGACAUCCUCCCUGUCCCGCAUUCCAGGCUCCAGAAACUCCUUGCAGAAACCCUCCUAGUUUGAGCUCAGGACGCCCGGGAUGAAACGGGCUUGGGGGGGCGGCGGCGCGGGGGGGAACAGAACCGUAGUCCUGGACUCCGAAGAGAAGAUGCUGACCAGUGGGGCCUUAAGAGUUUCAAGGGACUGGGUUUAGAGCAGGGGUUUUGAAGGAGGAUUUCUAUGUGCAAAGGGGCUGGUUAUUAACAUGUCUCCUGCGAGGGGGGAAAAAAGUGCCGGUAUCGACUUUUAUUGUGGCCAGUGAAGACAUUGCAAUCUAACCGAUUCUUUCGUUUACUCUCGGUAUCCGCGCCCAGAAAUCUCAGUUUGGCGGGGGCGGGCGGGGGGGGGCGGGCAUGAGAGGGGUUAAUGUUGCUGAAUUAGUUUUGGAUAACUUUGAGCCCUUGACUUUAAUUUCAUUGGCACCACUCUGAUCUCUAAGCACAUUUCUAAGGAUUAAGGGUCAAAAAAUGCUGAUCUAAAGAGUUGCUAGUGGUGUUGAACAAUGCAACUUUAUAUCUGAAAGAGCUCUGCACUGCCAUCUAUGAAGGCCUCUUUAUGAUGUUUGUUUUAUUAUCGUUUUUGGUUCUUUACAUCAAAUGGUAUGUACAAAUAAUGCGGAGAACAUAUAUUGCCUCUGCUUUUAUCAGGGUGCUCACCCCUGGUACUUCGUAUAUAAAGUGUAUUAAAACUGGGUUUGUUACCAGUUGCUGUAUUUUGUAUAUAGAAUUUUUAUAAAUUGUAUGCUUCAGAAAUAAUUUAUUUUUAAAAGAAAUUUAAAAAUUUAAAUCCACAUUCAUGGUACACCUUUCUUCUCUGAAAUGUACAAAAUCUGUUUGUCACCAGGAAUCCAAAAUCACAGUCCAUUGUGAAGUGUACUCUAUCUAGAACCAUUUUAAAAUGUACAGUGUAUUUUAUAGAUUUGAAGUUAACAUUCUUAUUUUUAAGAGAAUUUAUGGACAUUGUAGAAAUGUAUAAAUGCAUUUCCAAACUGCCUUAAACAUUGUAUUUUUAUAGACAUUGUUUUUUUUUAAAAAAAAUCCUAUGUUUUAAGUAAC